CAUGUCUAGCGAUCUGAACCGCAUUACAUAAAUGGUUCACGUGCUAGCACUUCGUUCUUUCACUGCUGGUUGUCGCAUUGUCGUUCGACAGAACUGCUUUUCCGAAGUUAGGUCUCUAGUUCGACGAAUUUCUAACGAAAUGGCUCUACCAAGAUGUUAUUUCGAUAUGGUUGCCGAUGGUCAACCCAUUGGACGAAUUACUAUGGAACUUCGUUCAGAUGUUGUCCCAAAGACUGCUGAGAAUUUCAGAGCUCUAUGUACAGGAGAGAAAGGCUUUGGAUACAAAAACAGCACAUUCCAUCGUGUAAUUCCAAACUUCAUGUGUCAGGGUGGUGACUUCACUCGCCAUAAUGGUACUGGUGGAAAAUCAAUCUAUGGAGAAAAGUUUGAAGAUGAAAAUUUUGCUCUUAAACACACUGGACCAGGUAUCUUGUCAAUGGCAAAUGCUGGUCCAAAUACUAAUGGAUCUCAGUUUUUCCUCACUACAGUAAAAACCAGUUGGCUUGAUGGAAAACAUGUAGUAUUUGGUCAAGUUGUUGAAGGUAUGGAUGUAGUUAAGAAGAUUGAAGGAUAUGGAAGUCAGAGUGGAAAAACAAACAGAAAAAUUGUGAUUGCUGACUGUGGUCAGCUUUGAAUGUAUUUUUAAAUAUUUGUUCCAUGAAUUUUUAUACUAAUUUCUUGAUUUUCAAUAUUAAUCAACAGAAUGAAAAAAUAAAUCAGUAAGUUGUCAAUCUCAUCUCAAAAUCUAAUUUGUAGAUUAGAAUUUAAAAGUUAACAUUACUUGUAAACUAUGCCAUUACUAUACUUCAUAAUACAAUUAUUUUCUGAUUUGGGAACAAUAAAUAAUUUGGAAAAUGAAA